AAUUGGCUCCAAAAUGGCCCCGUCCCCUCCUCAGGCAGCUUUCCCCCUGAUCUAUGUCACCAAAUGGCCCCAAAAUGGCCCAAAAUAGCCCCAAAAUGUGCCCAACUGGCCCCAAAGUGUCACCAACCAGCCCCAAAUGUCACCUGAGUGGCCCCAAGUGCCACCAAAAUGGACCAAAAUGGGCUCAAAUUGGCUCCAAAAUGGCCCUGUCCCCUCUUCAGGCAGCUCUUCCCUUCUCUUUGUCACCAACCAACCCCAAAAUGGCCUCAAAUGGCCCCAAAAUGGCCCAAAAUAGCCCCAAAAUGUGCCCAACUGGCCCCAAAGUGUCACCAACCAGCCCCAAAUGUCACCUGAGUGGCCCCAAGUGCCACCAAAAUGGACCAAAAUGGGCUCAAAUUGGCUCCAAAAUGGCCCUGUCCCCUCUUCAGGCAGCUCUUCCCUUCUCUUUGUCACCAACCAACCCCAAAAUGGCCUCAAAUGGCCCCAAAAUGGCCCAAAAUAGCCCCAAAAUGUGCCCAACUGGCCCCAAAGUGUCACCAACCAGCCCCAAAUGUCACCUGAGUGGCCCCAAGUGCCACCAAAAUGGACCAAAAUGGGCUCAAAUUGGCUCCAAAAUGGCCCUGUCCCCUCUUCAGGCAGCUCUUCCCUUCUCUUUGUCACCAACCAACCCCAAAAUGGCCUCAAAUGGCCCCAAAAUGGCCCAAAAUAGCCCCAAAAUGUGCCCAAAUGUCCCCAAAGUGCCACCCACCGGCGCCAAAAUGGACCAAAUUGGGCUCAAAAAGGGCUCAAAUUGGCUUAAAAACGGCCCCAUCCCCUCCUCAGGCAGCUCUUCCCCUGCUCUAUGUCACCAAACAGCCCCAAAAUGGCCCCAACUGGCCCCAAAUGUCCCCAAAAUGGGCCAAACUGGCCCCGUCCCCUCCUCAGGCAGCUCUUCCCUUCUCUUUGUCACCAACCGACCCCAAAAUGGUCCAAAAUGACCCUAAAAUGGCCCCAACUGUCACCGGAGUGGCCCCAAGUGCCCCCAAAAUGGGCUCAAAUUGGCCCCAAAACGGCCCCGUCCCCUCCUCUCUGGCCCCAAAAUGGCCCCAAGUCUCCCCCCGAUCCCAACCAGCCCCAAAAUGAC